GUCUAACAACAGCAUAACGGAAUUGUUGCCAAGAGCUUUCGCAGAAUACGAACAGCUAGAAGAAUUAAAUUUGUCCGAAAAUCGGUUGCUGACGUUAAAUCGAGAUGCCUUCGUCGGGUGCAAGGUUUUGAAGAAGUUACACAUGCAGAAAUGCGGGCUGCUUCAAGUUCCAACUGAAGCUCUACAACCACUACGAAUGCUCAACACUCUAAACUUGGGACACAAUUCCUUGACAACUCUGGAAGAAGACGCAUUUUCAGAAUUGGACCAUUUAGCUAUUUUAUUAUUAAAAAGAAACAGAAUAAGCUCUAUUCACGAUUUGGCCCUGGCAAAUUUAUCAGCACUCCGUGUAUUAGAACUGGAUGAUAAUCUUCUGAGGGAGUUUCCGAGGGCUUUAUCGACCGUAUCUCAAUUGAAGGAAUUAUCAAUAUCAGGAAACAGGAUACAGAGAAUGGACUCUGACAGUUUGCCCCGACAGCUCGUUCUGCUCGACAUGAGAUCGACGGCUCUGAGCGAAGUGGCGGACGACACAUUCCGACACAUGACCCGGCUGAGGAAUAU